UAGAAAUGGGGAGGGGAAAAUAAAUCUACCCCAACCCACCAUCUUUACCCCUCUUUGAUUUUUCAGACUAAAACAUGUCUGAGGUCCCAGCAACACCAAUUACAGGAAAGGAGGCUGCUUGUCCACAACAACACCAACUCCUCACUCCCACCGCUAAUGGGUCCUCCUCUUCAUCCCUCACUUCCACUUCUAAGGUGUACCCUCCACCCUCCGCCGAGUUUGACGAUGUGGCUCAAAGCUCUGACCUUUUCUGGCAAAAGCUCAAGGAGUUUCACGAUUCCCUAGGAACCAAGUUCAUGAUUCCUACUGUUGGAGGAAAAACUCUGGAUCUGCAUCUCCUUUUUGUUGAAGUUACAGCUCGUGGUGGCAUUGAAAAGGUGAUUAGAGAUCGCCAAUGGAAAGAAGUGAUUAUGGCCUUCAAGUUCCCAACAACCAUCACCAGCGCAUCAUUUGUCUUACGGAAGUACUACUUGUCGUUGCUCUACGACUUUGAGCAGGUCUAUUAUUUCCGUAAAGAAGUUCUUAGAAUCCCUGAUCCAGAAGAGAAGAAUCUUGACAACGGGUCAGAACGGGUGCAAGGUAUUAUACGGUUCCAAGGUCAGGCCACCCCAGUAGUAAUGCAACCUGGUGGUUCCAUUGUGGGAACCAUUGACAGCAAAUGUGACGAGGGAUAUGUUAUUACCGUCAACUUGGGUUCUGAAGUUCUUACUGGUGCCUUGUACCAUCAUCCUGUGGCUAUGUCUCAGAAUUUUUCUGAGAUGCCUACUCAACGGCACCGUAAGAGAUCUAGGUUGGCAGCACGUGAUCCCUCUCGGCCCAAGUCCAACAGGAGUGGCUAUAAUUUCUUCUUCGCUGAGCACUAUUCUAGCUUAAAGCCUUUGUAUUAUGGCCAAGAGAGAGCCAUUAGCAAGCAAAUUGGGUUUCUUUGGAACAACCUUACUGAGGAUGAAAAACAGGUUUAUCAGGAGAAGGGGUUGCAGGACAAGGAGCGAUACAAGAACGAAAUGAUGGAAUAUAAAGCACAGCAGUAUUAGGCUUUUAGGUAGGCACUUGUUUCCCUUAGUAUGUUCUUGUUGUAGCAGUAGUCUGUGUUCCCAUGGUAAAAAGUUCAUUUCUCUUGGCAAAGUCUGCCGGGUGAAAAUCGUUGAUUUGCGACAUAAAAGUUGAAUUUGUGUAUCAUUUGGGAUUUCAAACAACUCUGUUGUAGUAAUCCGUUGGUAUCUAGUUGUAGCACACAGAUCCAGCUUUGUUCUAACGAAAGCCAAAUUACAUUC